UUUCUCAACUCUCACCACUCUGCUUCUGAUCGCCGCGACGCCUCCUAUUCGUCGGACGGGACGAGAAACCCUAGUCGCGAUGGAGACUCAGUGUUUCUCUACGCCUCCUUCUUCUAAAGGAACUGCUUUGAAAUCUGGAAGCAGUUCAACUCCAAGCUCAUCGCCUCUACUUCCGUCAGUAAUAAGGCUAUGGAGGCCAUCAGCGCAAAGGAACAUUCGGAAUCAAUGGUCGAAGCUGUCUUCACUCAAACAACAAUGGGCUUCUUUUUCUUCAACCGGGCGAUCUCAUGCUACCUCCAUCGUCAACGCAUAUCUCUCUCAAAAGUAUAUGCCUUCUAUGGAGCUGGGUUCUCUCACUGACAUGCUUGAUAUACGAAAAAAGGCUUGUUUGAAAUUGUCUAAGCAGCAGGAACUUUAUCGAAGCAAACUCAUAUCUUUGUACAAGGACAUGGUUGAUGUUGUAGUUCAGAUGGUCAACACUAGCAGAUUGAUGAGAUGCUAUUUCAAGGGAUCAGGUAGUAGCACACUCAUAAAAUUUUCUACUAGCUCUGAGGAUAAUCAUGAUGACGCUGGAGAUGGUGGUGGCAUCGCGGUAUUUACAUCUUUGACAAUCCCUUGCUUUGAGAAAUUGGCAGAGGAGCUUGUUCAAAUGUUUGGGUUGGAGCUGAAUCUGAAGCGGCUGCUUUUGAUAGAACUACUUUCUAUUAGUUCUGAAGUUCCAUCACGAAAGAGCUGGGUCUGGUCAGAGGAGCUUUACCUGGGAGAAUUCAAUGACUUGCGUUUGUGCAACUUGUACUCCAAGGAAACUGGCGAACCACUCUGUCCAACCUUGGAGAGUCACAAAUCCAAUACUCCUAUCCUUAGUCGUAACCAUCAUCAGCCAAACCCAGAAGUUUUGCAGGUCUACCUUGUCACGUGGCUUGCAGAAGUGAACAUACACACUAAAAGAGUAGAUGAAAUAUUUGAAUUAGUUGGUGAGGAGAUGCAUGUUAACCUCUCCUAAAGAGGAUAGGAAUGGUCCUCCCCACGAUAUCGGAGUUAUCAGGAAGAAGCUUUGUGAUUCUAUGCCAUGGAUCGAUUGGCAUUGGCACCCCGCCGAGAUCAGAAGACGGGUUUUUGUGAGCUCUGAACCGAACUCUCUGGUACUGAUCAAUGGAGGUUUUCCGUUGGCUAUGGCCUGGCCUGAAUGAACUGCCAUGGAAGCUUAUUGACUGCUUCCGUCCGGAGAAAGUGAAGGAUUGGUGCAGUUCCUUUUCGUCUCCUAUCAAUAGGGCCAACUUGGAAUCAAUAACCACGCAGUGGUAUUUAUUUAUUUAAUGAUAAUAUUACUUAAAGAAUUGAACUGUUAUUUUGAUUAUUUGAUGUAAAAAUU